AUGGCGGGGGGCGGCGGGAGGCCGCGCUCCCCGCCGCGGGCGCUGCUGGGGAUGGCGGCGGCGGUAGCCGCCGUGAUGGCGGGCUGGGGCGGUCCCAGCGCAGUGAGAGCUGUACCUAUGGAAGAGCGACAUUCUGUUGGUUUAGUAGAAAAGAAUUAUGUUUAUGGCGAUAUCAAACAUGAAGUUAGCGUUUACGUUAAGGUGUUUGCAAACAGCCCGUUCCUAGUAUGUAUGGAUUUGGCUCGUUCUCAAGAAGAACUAAUAGAUCCCAAGUAUUUGUGGAUUGGUCCAGAUGGAAAAAAAUUAGAAGGGCGAAGGUAUGUGAAUCUUACAGAAACAGGAAAGCUGAUGGUGAUGGGUUUUAAGGAGUCUAUGUCUGGAGCCUAUACUUGCACUCUUUCUCACAAAAUCAUAGAAACUACAACACAAGAAGAAAGAGAAAUGUUUGAGGCAUAUCAAUUUAUGGUAUAUGCCUACAGAGAAGCUGACCAUGCGUAUCAGGCAUUUGUUCGCUUUACUACAAGGGAAUGCGAGCUGGCAGCUAACAGCCUGUUCUUUGAGGAACUAAAGAAAAUCUUAAACAACAUCAUCUCUGAUCUGACGUGUCACAUCAUAGACUCAUCCUGCAAAUGCCAUUCUGUCAAGCUACCAAAACAAGGCCUCCUGCACGAACUAUUUGUUAGCUUUCAAGUAAAUCCUUUUGCACCAGGAUGGGAAGAAGUUUGCCACCAGGUUCCUUACGACUGCGAAGCUGCGACAAACAUGAAAGUUCGAGAGGCAAGAGAUCGAAUCGGAGAGUUUUUCCAUAAGCAGACGUAUGCUUUGAAGCACCGGUUUCAAACUGUUCCUAUAAUACACUAUAUGGACAACAGUUUCUCAGUUAUUCGCAUCGACAGCUGUCGACCAGGUUUUGGGAAAAACGAUAUCACCCACAAGAACUGCGCUAGCUGCUGCGUGGUUUGUGGUCCUGGAACUUUCAGUCCUAACAAUGAGGUGACCUGCCAGACUUGUACGAGGCCUCGAGUCAAAAUGUACGGAGCAAGAUCUUGCUAAUAAACUGACGACAGAAAUUGGAAACCUGAAGAGCAGCUGUGAAAGCAUUCUUGGUUUUGUGAUGUUCUUUUCAUUUUUAGCUGCCAAUUCUAGAAUCCUACAUGCCUUUUUGAACAAUCACAAAACAGCAUCAUUCAUGCACCCCUAGAUUUUCUGUAUUCAGGGACCACUUAGACUGCAGAAGUGAUGCAUAAAACGAGGUGUUCACGCAAGGUAAAGUAAUUCAAUGAAAAAAAAAAAGGAUCUUUGUCACAUGGCUGUUAGUGCAAAGGGUCUGU